GGGGUGGGUAGUUUUGAACCACAGCUUUGCUACGUGGCGCUGAGCCGACUCCUUCUCGUGCUCCCCAGCAUGGCUCACAGACUCUGCUGACAGCUCCUGUGGUUCCAGGGCAGAUGUUUGUUCAAGUGUGUAAGCGUCUCGGGCCAGAUCCAGGGCUGGCUUGGGCAUCGGACGCACUGCCAGCUGGAGGUGCUGUGUCAGUGCCUUUCUCCUUGUUAGCACUGACCCUGGUCAGUAAUAAUCACUAGGGGCACUCACAAACUACUUUCUCUCCCCUGAAGCCAACUCUUGGCUUUUGCAGCCCUUAAUAUCAGGGGGACCUUCAACAGGGGAGAAAUUACUUUUUAAACUGGGGAAACUGAAGCAGUAAGUGUGGCGCUAUCUGUGCUGUAGCCCAGAGCUCAGCACUGCCCCAACCACUCCUCACUGCUUUCCAGUUUGAAGCCAAUCUGGGGUCACAAAGGCAGGUCUGACCCGGUGGCUUUGCUCAGACUGGUGGGACUGAUUGUGGUAGGCAGAGGAAACUUCUCUCCCUGCUUUGCUUUUUUCCCCCCUUUUGUUUUGGUAGUUUCUAAACAGACCGUUCAGUGUUGUUCUUAAUUUAAAACAAAGCCUUUGUUUGGCAGUGUUGUGUGGAUUUAAAAAAAUAAAACAACAACAACCCCUAAAACGAAAGAAACAGAAUCCUCCUUAGAUUUGGAACUAGCAGCUGCCUUUGACCGUGAACUCACUUCCCUCCUAUCCAGUUCAUUUCCUUUCUCCCCCAGACCUGCCAGCCCUCUAGGAAAUCAGGAUUUUGCAAGUCCCUGCCUGCUGCCAUCCUGCAGCAGCUCAGUCCCACAGUUUAACCCUGUGCAGACUUGGCUCCCUGAGCUCUUAAUGCAUGGCUGUGGGUGCCAGCACCGCCCUGCUAUGGGAAAGGCAGCAUAGCAAAGCGGGCUGCAGCCAUGCCAGGGCUGCUUGGGGGGGAGCUUUGAUUUUCUACGUGGGAACGGAAGGUGGGAGCUGCGGGCACCCACCCAGGCCCCUUGGCAGUGGGAUGCGUGCCAGCAUACGGCAAGAACUGCUGCCUCAGCUUGCCCCAGUGCUCCUAUUGCAGGACUGUACCCUGAAAGCCCCACUCCUGGCCUCCUGCAGCUCCCUGUGCCUCAAGUGGAUUUUCCUGCCCGUCCGACCCUGUGCAGUGGGAGCUUUGGAAAGAGGUUAGGAAAGAAUCUGGUUCCUGGCACGGUGCCUCCGCCUGCUCCUUUUGGUUGUAAAUCCCAGGAUGUGUUCUUGGCUUUGCGUUAAAUUGAAUUUCUGGAGAACGUUUUUCUCCCUGAUUCCAGUAAGGAUUCACGAGGCCUUUAAAUGGCUCAGUAAUUCAGUAGCGAAGCUGGCAAGGAUCCCAAGAGCAAAACCACUCACAUUAUCCAGCUAUGCCUAGCUGCAGCGAGCCUGGAGACGGGUCUGCUCUGCAUUUGGGCAGCACUGGGUAGUGCUCCCUUAUUCCUGGGAACAGCUAACAGAUGUGCAGUAGGAAAACAUCUGGCAGGUGUUUAGCAGGGUUCUUACUCUGUGUUUUGAUUUUUUUUUUUUUUAAUUGAUGUUUCAUUGAUAAUCCAAAGCCUAAUGCAGGGAUAACUGAGUUGUUCUCCCAAGCUCUGUGAUGGUGGCAACACAUCACUGUACUUGUGGGGAAGGCUGUGGCUUGUCCCCACUGGCCUCUGGUGGGACCCAGCAGGGCUCUCCCCUGCUGCCAUGUGGAAAGUCCCACAGAACAGCUCCUGUGUCCUGGAGGGACUCUGGGGGGAGCCCAGGGCUCCUCCAGCAAGAUGGUUGGCUGAUCUCUGCUGGAUAAAACAGGAUUUGCUUUUGGCUUGGGACUGAGUUCACAAAGCUGAGUUCAUACAGCAAGCUUUUGGCUAAGAGAUGCCUUUUUAAUGACGAACACACAUCCAAGCUUCACUUGGACGCCGUUCCUUCCCACUCGUGACUUUGGGUAAAUCACUUCCCCUUUCUGUGAACCUUUUUCUUCUUUUUUGCUUUAACUCCUCCUCCCUUGGGGGAGGCAGCCUGGGGUCUUUUGCCUCCCCAAGCUUCAGCAGGGCAUUGAGCUCACUGUGGCCUUGCUCUCCCAUUAUUAAUGCUGCAGAGGGGCGCAGGGCACGUGCACGUUUCAGCCUGUCCAAGCACACGGGAUUUCCACCGGAGCUUCAGGAAGGAAAAAAAAGGAAAUGCCACAGACCCCAUCCGCACUGGCAGCCUCAGGAAGGGAUGACCUCAGCGCUGCUGAGCGGUGACUUCCAGGUCACAUCCCCUGUUCCCGGGGUGCUGUGGGAUUGGAGCGCCAUGGGGAGCGCUGGCAGCACUGGCUCCCGUGCAUUGUGUCACAUCCUGGCCCUGGUGUGCUUGGAUGCUGUUUUCCUUCUUUGGCUGUGGGUUUUGUUCUUCUGAACAAACACGCAGGCAGAAUGACAACAAGAAUUCCCCCUUUUUCCAUUGAUCUGGGUGCUGGGGCUGUGUGAACCAGAAGCCAGCUGCAGUCACAGUGUUGUCCCUAUGGCACUGGGGCUAUUUUUGUGGGAAGAGGCACAGCCCCUUCGCCAGGAAGGAAGGGGCCACAGGUAGAUACCUCCAAUCCUGAAGAUCCUCAGCGCUAACCCUGGUGCUCUCACGCUGGCUGGCCCAACCCAUGAUGGCACUGUGUCUGAAGCAAGUCUUCAACAAAGACAAAACCUUCCGUCCCCGGAAGAAGUUUGAGCCUGGCACACAGCGCUUCGAGCUGUACAAGAAGGCUCAGGCCUCCCUCAAAUCAGGGCUGGACCUAAAGGCUGUGGUACAGCUGCCUCCUGGCGAGAGCAUCAAUGACUGGAUAGCUGUGCACGUGGUGGACUUCUUCAACCGCAUCAACCUCAUCUACGGCACCAUGUCGGAGUACUGCACAGAGAAGAGCUGCCCUAUCAUGUCGGGUGGGCUCAAGUAUGAGUACAGGUGGCAGGACGACAGCAAGUACAAGAAGCCAACCAAGCUGUCAGCCCCACAGUACAUGUGUAUGCUGAUGGACUGGAUUGAGAUGCUCAUUAACAACGAGGACAUCUUCCCCACCAGAAUAGGUGUUCCCUUCCCUAAGCAGUUCCAGCAAGUUUGCACUAAGAUCCUCACCCGCCUCUUCCGUGUCUUUGUCCAUGUCUACAUCCACCACUUUGACAGCAUCAUCAACAUGGGUGCUGAGGCUCAUGUCAACACCUGCUACAAGCACUUUUACUACUUCAUCAGGGAGUUCAGCCUUGUUGACCACCGGGAGCUGGAGCCUUUGAAAGAAAUGACAGAACGAAUUUGCCACUGAAGCGAUUUCAGCAGGCACACUCAGCAAGAUCGUUCAGCAUUCAAUGGGACAAGAACCCUGCAGUGGGAGAUGUCUUCCCAAGGACAUGCUCUGGGCAUUUCAACUGAACUAUGAAAACUGCAGAAGAGCCUUUCUUCUUCUUUGUCUUUGGAUGCAUCAAUUUCCAAAUGUUUUGUUAGCAAGACCUGCCCUGUAAGCAGGUGUGACCUUGACUACUGAGUCAUGCCUGUUGUCUUUCUCACAUGCAUUGAACUAUGAUAACAUCUGAGAUCAGCUCCGUAAAGCUGGUGACAUUUGAUCCCAACUGACUCCAUGGGGUUAGUUGCCAAUGUCCCUUUUUUAACCAUGAGCUAUGAAUGUCUCUCCUCUCCUUCCGCCCUCAUUCAUGCUUUACCAAAGGGACUUUUCUUCCCUUCCCCCCUCCGCCCCCCCAAGGAAUUUUUCACGCUUGGCAGAAGGGACUUCAGGAUGUUCUAAGAUGCAUCCAAUACCACUUGGACUAAUGGCAAAGUGGCCCUAUGACAAAUGGAGGUGAACUGGGCCACUUUUCAGAAUGAUCAGCAGUCUACCUGAGUAUUUUCCAUACUCAGAAAUUGUGAUGCAAAGGGAGGGAAAGACACAUGCCAGAAAACAAGUGACAUUUCCUGAUGUGUUGUCCUGGCUCUAAAAAGCAGAUGCUAGUUGUAGAAAUCAUUGCCUUUCUAUUACUCGACUGCAGCAUAGACAUUGUUCUUUUGACAAGAGUUUGAUUUUUUUUUAAUUAUUACUAUUUUGGGGGAGUUAAAUUGUCUGAGCCACAGUGUUGUUACGUUUGUGUUUCUUCGCCUUUUUCUGGGUAAGUUUUAUAUAGAAGACAGAAGAUGCAGUUCAUAUGUAUAAAAAAGGGUUUGCCCAUUCCAGGGGAAAGGGGGGAUGUGGGUAGAAAAUGUAAAUAUUUAAGACAGCGCUCAAGUUCGCAAGUGGAUUUUUAGUGCUCAAAGCACUUAUUUUAUUGUGAAAAUCUAUUUUUUUAUUCUUAUGUACCAGAUGUAUAUUUUUACAUGGAAAUAAAAUGGGACAAAAUGGACACAAACCAUCUGAUACAUCAUGCCAAUAUUUUCUGUGUAGUACAAUCAUUAAAAGUCCAAACAUUUUUGUUCUGUUACUAAUUAAAGAAGCAGGAAUGAG